CCGGGCCGGGGAGUCCCCCCUCCGCCCGGAGUGAGAGCCGCAGGACCCCCGGAGUCAGUCGGGGGCUGAGCGGGAAGAUGCCGAAUAAAAACAAGAAGGAACCCGCUAAACCCGGCAAAAGUGGCAGAGGCGGCGGGAAGGACGGACAAGACACCCCCGAGCCUGAGACGAACAAGAGGUCCAACAACAGUACCCCUCCUACAACACAGUUAACAAAGAUAAAGUUUUCUAGUCCAACAACAAUAGUGAAGAAAGAAAAACGCCAGAGUUCGUCCAGGUUCAAUGUCAGUAACAACAGGGAACUUCAAAAACUGCCACCUUUGAAAGAUGUCCCUGCAGCUGAACAAGAAAAGCUUUUUAUUCAGAAACUGCGUCAGUGCUGUGUUCUUUUCGACUUUGUUGCUGAUCCACUUAGCGAUUUAAAAUGGAAGGAAGUAAAAAGGGCGGCUUUAAGCGAAAUGGUGGAAUACAUCACACACAAUCGCAAUGUAAUCACAGAACCCAUCUACCCAGAAGUAGUCCAUGUGUUUGCAGUGAAUAUGUUUCGAACAUUACCACCAUCAUCUAACCCCACGGGAGCAGAGUUUGAUCCUGAAGAAGAUGAACCAACCCUGGAGGCUGCUUGGCCUCAUCUACAGUUGGUGUACGAAUUUUUCUUGAGGUUCUUAGAAUCUCCCGAUUUUCAACCAAAUAUAGCAAAGAAGUACAUUGACCAGAAAUUUGUAUUACAGCUUUUAGAACUGUUUGACAGUGAAGAUCCACGUGAAAGAGAUUUUUUGAAAACGACACUUCAUCGAAUCUAUGGAAAAUUCUUGGGCCUCAGGGCUUAUAUCCGAAAACAGAUCAAUAAUAUAUUUUAUAGAUUUAUUUAUGAAACUGAACAUCACAAUGGUAUAGCAGAAUUGCUGGAAAUUUUGGGAAGUAUAAUUAAUGGAUUUGCCUUACCAUUAAAAGAAGAGCACAAAGUUUUCCUGUUGAAAGUGUUGUUACCUCUGCAUAAAGUAAAGCCUCUUAGUGUCUACCAUCCACAGCUGGCGUACUGUGUGGUGCAAUUCCUAGAGAAAGACAGCACUCUCACAGAACCUGUGGUUAUGGCAUUGCUUAAGUACUGGCCAAAGACGCACAGUCCAAAGGAAGUGAUGUUUCUAAAUGAGUUGGAAGAGAUUUUAGAUGUCAUUGAACCAUCAGAAUUUGUAAAGGUCAUGGAACCACUGUUUCGACAGUUGGCUAAAUGCGUUUCUAGUCCACAUUUUCAGGUGGCAGAGAGAGCCCUGUAUUAUUGGAAUAAUGAGUACAUUAUGAGUCUAAUCAGCGACAACGCAGCCAAGAUCUUGCCUAUUAUGUUCCCGUCCCUUUACCGUAAUUCAAAGACUCAUUGGAACAAGACUAUCCAUGGAUUGAUCUAUAAUGCUCUCAAACUCUUUAUGGAGAUGAAUCAGAAACUAUUUGAUGACUGCACCCAACAGUUUAAGGCAGAAAGACAAAAGGAGAAAGCAAAAUUGAAAGAACGUGAAGAAGCUUGGCUCAAAAUAGAGAAUCUAGCCAAAGCAAAUCCACAGACGCUGAGUUCCUUGGGAAACUGGCCAUCCUGGGAAUUGUCUAUGUGUCCUGUCUCCAAAAAUCAGUAUCAGCUUUUUGUUGAGCCAAGUGGCAUGAAUAGUCCAGUUGCUAUGGAAACAGACGGUCCCUUGAUAGAGGAUAUCCAGUUGAUCAGAAAGGCAGUGGAAGACCAGGCUACUCAGCAGGUGCAGAAAGAUAUACGAAAGGAUCGUCCACUUGUGCGUCGCAAGUCUGAGCUGCCUCAGGACAUCUACACAGUUAAGGCCUUGGAAUCCCAUCGCCGGGCUGAGGAGAUUAUAUCUGCUCAUGACGGGCAUUAGGCUGUUUCAAUGGAAGAAUAUUGUAAAAAGCUGUUCUCUGGACUCAGUCUACUGUAGAAGCUAUUAUGCUUUGUGCCAUACCAAUCAGCUAUACAUUGAGUCAAUGCUUUCUGAAUCCAGUCCUGUAGGCAAUAACUUUACCAUGUAUGCAGUCAAGCCUUGGUAGUUCAAACAAUGGUAAAUAGAGUAUUGUUCUUUGUACAAUCUAGAAAGUUGGAAUUAAAUUUUGAGUUGUCAUAUCUGCAUUAACCACCUGUGCAUAACAUUUCUUUGGGAUUCUUAUUUUUACCCAUACCUAUGUUAGAAAAUAAAUGGUAUAUUUAGUCUAAAUUCAUUCCUGAGACCGUCAUAGUCUGAAUUUCCAGUAUGUCACCCUUUUUGUAUAUGACUGCAUUCCAGAGCCUAAUAAUUGGGCUUAUCAUUGCAUCGCCGUUUACUAAUAAAAAAAACAUUUAAAACCGUUUUGAACUCUAAUUACAUCCCUAAUAAAUCUGACAAUUGUAAAGAAGGAAUUUUUUAAAAAAUCUAAUUACUCACAAGCAGAAUUCUGUACCAAAUGACCCAAAAAGUUAUCUAUAUGUUGUGAAUACACAAAACUUGUUUGUAACAUUGCCUUCAGUUGCCACCAGAGAAUGCCAUUGCUAGAUGCACUGUAAAACUUCCUACAGAAUUUAAGCUGAAAAAAAAUUGAUCCACUUUUUAAAAAAAAAAUUGGUGAGAAGCAUAACCCGAGUUGAAUGUGGUGGCAUCCUAUGUUUUAGUAAUGCACUGCAUGGAAAUUAUAUAGAAAGUAAAACAAGAGGAAUGAUGUGUAGAACAUAGACAAUUGCAAGGAUUAUUUGGGAGUAAACUUGAUAUUGAAAGUAAAUCUGAUUCAGUUCCCCUUUAAAAUAUAAAAUAAUUAGUUUUAAUUCCUGUUAGAUUGGUUUGAAAUUUCUAUUUAUUCAGACAUUUGGCAUCUCAUUUUAUAAUUUUAUUUUUGAAAAAAAAAGUUCCAUACAUGUUGUCUGUGUCUUGUAUAAUCUACGACCGAGUUGAAGGCUCUGAUAAAACAAUUAUUGUACCAAAUCAGCUGUGGCAAGAAUUCUCAGGGUUGGUAAUUCUUGAUCCAUUCCUUCAUCUGCUUAGCGUUUCAAUAAUGCAACUUUUUUGGUGCUUUUAUAAUCUGUCUUGUCGGACAAUUGACUCCCUGUUUGUUGGUCUGCUUUAACAAAUGAACUCUGUUCUGUCCUAAAAGCUAAAGAGCAUUUCAAGAUGCCUCAUGAAGAUUGGAAAAAUGUGCACUCUUCUAAAUAAUUAGCACUGGAUGUUUAGAAAGCUGUUUGGAUGAAGACAUAGUAUGCUGAAUGUGUCCUAACUGCCGGGCACGCAUAUCUGUCAUCAGUUAAUUCAUCCAGUUUUCAAUAUUAGUGAUCAAAAGGUCAGAGGAAAACCACAUAUGUAUUUGCGCAUAUUCUCUAAACACUUCAUUUAGUUUGGUCAGUCUCUUUGGAGAACUUUAGUGCCAUGUUCGCACUUUAGUGGUGCAAACUGCUCAUUGGGUUUGUGAUGGAAGCUGUUUCACACUGAGAGUAUACGUAAACACUAUUAAAAUUUCUUCAUGUUCCCAGCUGUUUACAUUAUUUUUAAGAGCCUUAGAGCCUUUUUGAGCAUAGCAUGCAGAAACACCUAUAACAUUGUAGGGAUUUUCAGGGCUGUAAAGAACAUUUGAAGGUUGAACCCAUAUCUUGUAGGAUAAACCUUCAAAUUUCACAAAACACUUCCUGUUUAACUUGAAAAGUAAUGCUUAAAAUGAAUAUACCUACAUAAUAAGCAUGUUGGAAAAUUAAAUUUUCCUGUAGCUGUUGUUGAAAGUUUUUCUUUCUCUUCACUUUCUCCACACCCCUUCCCUCCCAAACAUGCCUUGUGUUCCAGGGCAGUAAGGUGCUUUAUGUAUGGAAUCUUGCUGCAGUGCUUUCUUCAUUUGCGUACCAUUGUUUGAACUUCCUUCUUACAUUGAUUAGUAGUUUCUCACAUUCAUUGGUUUUGGGUGUUCAGUAUGUUUGUGUGAGGUGUUCCAGGAGGGUUGUAAUUUUAUUUUGCCCACUAGAAACUGUAUAUUGUUUGUGUACAAUUCAAAGUAUAAUACAAUCUUUGGCAUUGUUCCUAAUUUUAACUUAUCUAACAUUAAAGAUUGACACUUGCCAAGUUGCAAGCCCACUUUGAAUUAC